AUCGGUUGAUGUCAAGGGCCAGCAACCACAGCGCGCUCGCGACCGCGGGGACUUGCCCGGCAAGUCAUGACAUGGGGGUCGUCGCUGCACAUGCCAACGAAUUAUGUGCCACAUUCGUGAAGCCUGGCGUUUUUGAACCAAGUCAACCGUCCUUUGUCCACUACAAGGGGUCGUGCGCCGUGUCGCCAGCAACGCGCUCUAUCGCUACCACGUCGAUUCUCACUGACGUCGAGCAGGCUUCGAGUGCAAGGAAUGGGCUAAAUUUGGGCAGACCCGACGGCAACCGGCACUCCGCCAUGACAUGUCGACUUGCCUGACCUGCCGAAACACAUGCGCACCUUGGCGUCGAAGGCGCAAGUGCUGCCAGGGAACGGCGCCGACAAGCAAUUCGAUGCAACGCAUUGGCACCUGGGCCGCUUAUUCGAUGAUGCAAUCGCCUGCGCUAGGCAAAAUCGACCCGGCCAUGACGCGACUCCCACAGACGUGUGCGCACCCAAAACAAUGACUACUGCAUGCCCAUGUACUACCCUGCAAACGACAGGUUUGGAGGGUCCAGCAUCUCGCUGCCGGCAUGACACGUGGCGUCUUGUAUCCAGGUCGCAUUGGAAUGCUGUCGGCAUCGACAUUGCGGUUUUGUCUGGUCUUUUGGUACUACGUCCUUGCGCACGGCAUGGUUUCAUUCGCGCCAUUGCUUUUGCAAUCCAGUAGAGAAAAAGACAAAGCAGACCUGUGGUACGGCUCACGCAGAGGAAAACGUUGGCGAAAGGAAGGAGGCUGCAUGGAGGAGGAGAGCAGUGGCAUAUGUAGCACCAUUGGAAUGUGGGAUAUCCAGGCGACUCGUCGGGAGAGUCGCUCGCAACCAC